AUGUUAUGGCUGGCAAUACAAUUCUUCCUUCUAGCGCUAGCUGGGAGUAUCGUCAAUGCAAAAGAUUCUGCCCUUGUGGAAAAAACGCUGGCUGGGAUGAGCUGGGACGACAUGGUUGGACAGAUGGCUCAAAUUGAUCUCGCGGUUCUAUUGAAUGAGGACGGCACAGCACUUGUACAAGAUCAAUUAGACCAUUACAUUGGGAAACUUGGGGUUGGAAGUGUGUUGAAUAAUGUUGCGAAAGGAGAAAAAAUCUGGACGAUUGCCGAUUUUCGAGCCGCGGCGGUACAAAUUCAACAGACUGCACAAAAGUAUAAACGACCACCUGUCAUUUGGGGAUUAGACAGCGUGCAUGGGGCGAACUAUCUGUACAAUACAAUCACAACUCCACAGGCAAUCAACAUAGCAGCAACCUUCAAUACUACUGCAUCAUUUGUAGCUGGAAAAUGGGCAAGUGUGGACACUCGACGAGCUGGUAUAUCGUGGUUAUUUAGCCCACUCUUAGGUCUAAGUUGGGAACCGCAUUGGUCACGUGUUUUCGAAACUUUUGGGGAAGAUCCGGUGGUCGUUGGCAAUAUGGCCAAAGCGAUGAUCGAAGGUAUACAAAACAUCGAUGAAGACUCAUCUUUGGUCCCAUCACGGGCUGCAGCGUGUGGUAAACACUGGGUGGGCUAUUCCAUGCCGCACAAUGGUCAUGAUAGAGCCCCCAGCUGGAUUCCAAUUCGGCACUUGUAUCAAUAUUUCUUGCUUCCGUGGAAAAUGGUUGUCGAUGAUGUGGAUACGAUAAUGGAGAGCUACACCGAAGUUGAUGGAGUUCCAAAUGUCGCCAACCGUUACACAUUGAAUCGCUUGCUCCGAGGUAAACUUGGGUUUGAGGGUAUGCUCGUCACUGAUUAUCACGAGAUUUUCAACCUAAACGACUGGCAUCACACUGCCAGUGAUAGAACCGAUGCAAUGAAACAAGCAUUGGAGGAGGGAUCCGUCGACAUGAGUAUGAUUGCAAGGGAGCCCGACGAAUACUUCAAGGCCACAAAAGAAUUGAAGGACACAAAGUAUAAGGCUCGGGUCGAGGAAAGCGCUCGCCGUAUUCUGAAGCUCAAAGAGAAGCUAAACAUGUUCGAAGAAGCCUUCAAUAUGGACGACACUGUCGAUGAUGAUGGACCCAGUGUGGAUGACUUGCGAGAGGCUUUGCAUAUGACUACUGAGUCCAUCAUCUUGGCUCAGAAUAAAGGCGACAAAUUACCACUAAACGCAGAUGAUCCCCUUAAAAUCCUGGUCACUGGCCCCACAAGUAGAUCGCAAUCGUAUCAAACUGGAGGAUGGACCUUUCAAUGGCAAGGUGUGGAAUUGAAAAAAGAAGAUGCGUGGUUCACUUAUGGAUCAAACGUCUUUGACGCUGUCCAGAAUGUUUCAAGUUGGGAUGUUGUGUACAAAUGUGGAGUCAAUAUCCUUGGGAAAGACUGCAGUGACGAUGCAGCGGAUGCUUCAUCCGAUGGAGCUCUCGAUGUUGCCGCGAAUAUGGACGUCAUUAUUGUUGGUGUUGGAGAAGAGAAUAAUGCAGAAAAACCCGGAGACAUUCGGAACUUACAUUUGCCACCCGGUCAAGUUGAGCUUGUAUCGAACUUGAGGAAGAGGGCACCAGAUGCCAGGAUUAUUGUUAUUUACUUUAGCGGCCGAGCACGUUUGCUCGGUGAUAUUGUGGAAAAUGCCGAUGCCAUCCUCUUGGGAUUUCUCCCUGGUCCUUAUGCAGGAGAAGCCAUGCGAGAUAUUAUUAUUGGUGAAGCUAAUCCAAGUGGGAAGCUGCCGAUCACUUACCCAAAAUAUGAAGAUGGUGGAGGUAUUCCGUAUUUGCAUGCUGUAUCGGAUAUGUGUACGAAAGACGAAGAAGGUCCUCUUCCGCACUGGGACAACGAGCCAUGUGAGGUUCAAUGGCCCUUUGGUCAUGGUCAUAGUUACAGCCAAUUUGAGUACUCGAAUCUGUCUAUUGAUUCCAAGCAAUUGCAAUUCAGCAUGAAUGAAAAGGAUAUGGCGAGCCUGACUGUUUCCGUAAACGUGAAGAACUCUGGUUCCGUGGCAGGUGCCGAAACUGUCUUGUUUUUCAGCUUUGACGAAUUCCGAUCCACAACCCCGGAAUACAAACGUCUUCGCGGCUUUGGAAAAGUUUUCCUAGAACCUGGUCAAUCCAUGGACAUCAAGCUCUCCAUUUCUAUGGACGACUUGCGAUUUAUUGGUCCUCAUGACAACAGUCACUACAUACUGCAGGACGGUAUGCGAUUCAAGAUUGGCGUUGGCGCUCAUACAGACUGUCGAGCAGAUGGAAGCAAUGCAAUGUGUUCAGAUUCGAUUACCAUCCAAACCGAUUCCGACUACACAGGAGCCUGUGAGGCGGCUUGCAACUUGUGGACACAAAGUGGUUGUGACACUGAGCUUGGAAUGUCAGGAGAGGUUUGCUGGCAUGAUUGUACGAAAAUUCAUCAUUCGAAUGAUCUGACUUUGAACAAUGAUGGAUGGGGAUGGAAUUAUGUGGAAUGCGUGGAAUCAAUUCUAUUUGAACCGUCCUUUGAAACCGAAUCCUGUUGGAAGUUGACAUCCUUCUGUCGAGAUAUCUUCGCCACUCCCAACAUGGAUGAAUUCGGAAAUGGACCCACUCCAGCGCAUCAUGCGGGCGUGAUACAGCCCGAUCACGUUGCCUUUGCCUUUGCAUUUCUAUCUGGAAUAGCAGGGGCCAUUAUGAUUGUCACUAGCAUGCGAGGAGGUGUAUGCUCCCGGCGAAAAGGGCCAUCAUACGAAGGUGUUGAAAUGCAAGUAGACACAACCAUAACGUAG